AAAUAAGUAAAAUUUACAGAAUCCAACAAAUAAACUCUUCGUCUUUCUCUCUUCCUCCUACCGUCCCGUUCCCCGGCCUCAGUUAGCCGACAACACUCGCAGAGCCGAAGCAGAACGAUAAAUCUAUUUAAGAAAUUCAAAAACUAAAAACUACCAAUAUAUUUUUAUUACUGAAAAAGAAUAUGAAAAGCUGGACUCUCUACAAAAGCACCAGCUCUUCUACCGUACACGCCUCAGCAAUUCCUCAGAUGCUCCAACUUUCUCUCAAACAGCGCUCUCUUUCACUCUAAUUUUCAGUGCUAAGCCAUCUCUAUACGGAGUUAGGGUUUCACGCCUAUGAUGUGAGACCUUAACUGAAGUUCUUAUAGGUUUCUUGAAGAUCCUUGGAAUUUGAGCAGUUGUUUUGUGUGUGAAUGGGGAAUUGUUGCAGAUCUCCGGCGGCCGUUGCCAGAGAAGACGUGAAAUCGAACUUCUCCGGCCAUGAUCACAAUAGGAAGGACGCUGGUGCAGGUAAGAAGGUUCCGAUCACCGUCCUCACUGAUGUUGCCAAAGAGAACAUCGAGGAGAAGUAUCUUGUGGACCGCGAGCUUGGCCGUGGAGAGUUCGGAGUUACGUAUCUGUGUAUAGAUCGAGAUAGCAGGGAGUUACUGGCUUGCAAGAGUAUUUCGAAAAGGAAGCUUAGGACGGCGGUGGAUAUUGAGGACGUGAGGCGAGAAGUGGCUAUAAUGAAGCAUUUGCCGAGGAGUUCGAGCAUUGUGACCUUCAGGGAGGCUUGCGAGGACGAUAAUGCCGUGCAUUUGGUGAUGGAACUUUGCGAGGGAGGAGAACUAUUCGAUCGGAUUGUGGCCAGAGGGCAUUACACGGAGCGGGCGGCUGCUGAGGUUACCAGGACGAUUAUGGAGGUCGUGCAGCUUUGUCAUAAGCAUGGCGUUAUUCAUCGCGACCUCAAGCCUGAGAAUUUUCUGUUUGCAAACAAGAAGGAGAAUUCACCUUUGAAAGCCAUUGAUUUUGGGCUAUCGAUUUUCUUCAAACCAGGUGAGAGGUUCUCUGAAAUUGUUGGGAGUCCAUAUUAUAUGGCGCCUGAGGUGCUGAAGCGGAACUAUGGGCCAGAAAUAGAUAUUUGGAGUGCUGGAGUUAUUCUUUACAUUUUGCUAUGUGGGGUUCCCCCAUUUUGGGCAGAGUCUGAGCAAGGUGUUGCGCAAGCCAUUAUACGUGGCAUAAUUGAUUUCAAACGAGACCCGUGGCCAAGCAUUUCAGAAAGUGCUAAGAGUCUAGUCAGGCAAAUGUUGGAGCCAGACCCAAAGAUUCGAUUAACUGCAAAGCAAGUGCUAGAACAUCCUUGGCUUCAAAAUGCGAAAAAGGCACCAAAUGUACCACUUGGAGAUGUUGUCAAGUCGAGGCUUAAGCAAUUUUCUAUGAUGAACAGAUUCAAGAGAAAAGCCCUCCGGGUUAUUGCUGAAUUCCUGUCUAUUGAAGAGGUUGAAGAUGUCAAAGAAAUGUUCAAGAAGAUAGACACUGAUAAUGAUGGCAUUGUUUCAAUUGAAGAAUUGAAAGCUGGACUUCAUAAUUUUGGCUCCCAGCUCAUAGAGUCUGAGGUUCAAACACUUGUAGAAGCUAUAGAUACUAAUGGCAAAGGAACACUGGACUGUGGAGAAUUUAUUGCUGUUUCACUCCAUCUACAAAGGAUGGCCAAUGAUGAGCAUAUUCGCAAGGCUUUCUCCUAUUUUGACAAGGAUGGUAAUGGGUACAUCGAACCAGAUGAGCUGCGUGAUGCCUUGAUGGAAGAUGGAGCUGAUGAUUGUACGGAUGUAGCCAAUGACAUCUUCCAUGAAGUGGACACAGACAAGGACGGGCGUAUAAGCUAUGAUGAAUUUGCUGCCAUGAUGAGAACUGGAACAGACUGGAGAAAGGCAUCUCGUCAUUACUCAAGAGGGAGAUUUAACAGUCUAAGUGUCAAGUUGAUGAAAGAUGGGUCACUAAACUUGGGGGAGUGAGUGAAUAGGUCCUAUCUCAUUUAUACAUGCUAGCUAGAGAAGUGAUAGAACAUUCCCCAUAUCUCUUGGAUUUCGCUUUCUUCAUGAUUAAUUCUCAGUGGAGGCCUUGAAUAUGAGGUGCCCUUAUUGCUUGGCGGUGACGUAUAUGAAGCAACUUUUGCACCUUAUCUGUCUCCCAGAGUUAGGUGUACAAAUACAUUGUCUGAUGCCAGGAAAGCAUGUAAGAUUCUGUCCUCUGCCACUUCGAUCUCGGGUGAGUGUUUCUGGUUGAGGAUGUGUUAUAUGUGUACUCUUCAAGGAUGUAAUCGGUAAUAUAUUAUGUCAAAGAGACACAAAAAUCACGUAGUGUAUUUUUUCGGCUUAAAUUACACUCACAUUGCUCACAUGGCCAGACUCUUGGUUUGGAAAAUUAAUGACAACUCUCUCAGAAAUUAGGUGUGUUA